AUGGACUCAUGGAGAAGCAAAAGAGAUGGCACAGAAAAACCUGCCGUCCAGAUUGCCUUCAGCUGCACCCCGAUCAGUUUGCUUGGAUCAUUGUUACCACUAGACAUGACCUACUCGUCCUUCUCCAGUGACAGGCCUGUCGGAGGUGCAGUAGGUGGGGCGAAGAACGCGCCGGCCGCCGCCGCGGGAUCAUGGUCGCCGUCGGUGGAGGACGCGAUGAGCUUCGUGCAGAUGGUGAAGGAGGCGUUCAAGGAGCGGCACCCGGACAAGUACCACCUCUUCCUCCGCGUCAUGGACGACUUCAGGAACCAGCGGGUCGGCAUCGCCGAGGUGGCGUCCACCGCCAAGGCCCUGUUCCAGGACAGCCCUGAUCUGGCGCUGGGAUUCAACGUCUUCCUGCCCAAGGGCCACAGGAUCCAGGUCGGCCUUGAUGAACUCGCCGCCUGUUUCAUCAGGGACAUCAACCUGGACGACGACGGCGGCGGCCACUGA